GUUUAAAAUGGCCACCAUCAGCAUGGCGGUAAAUUCGGGAGCUCGGCUAUGGAGUCCGUAUCGUGCCCUGUACGAUGUGGUGGUUGCAGCUAUAUUCAAACAUCAGCCGGGAUCGGUUCACGAUCUAGAGAUGUCGCUGAGAAAACACAAACCAGAUUUCAUCUCGCUACUCAAAACACCGGCGAAGAAUCCUGUACACCGGAACAUUGUGAAGAAGUCUGCGACCGAAGGCAUCCCUCUGCGCGGCGAGCAGAGAACUCAGACUUUCUCCCAGCAGUUCAUCAUGGAGUCUCUCAUUCUGUCUGACCUCUUCGACAUGGAUGAACUGGCUUCAGUGGAACUACUCAUGGCUGGUGAGCAACAACUGCCGAACUAUCCCGGACUGACGCGGGGCCUGGUGGCCGUUCUCCUGUAUUACGACGGUCGCCGCAGCAUCGUUAACUCUCUCAGGACGUUACUUCAGGCCCGAGAAGGACGAACCUGGACAGUAGGAGUGACCACUGACGUGUCUGCAUUGGUCAGCUCGUUUACUGACCAACUGGUAGAAGAAGGCUUGGUCAACAAUAUUCUGGACUUGAUAAAAUCGAUGGAUCUUACACUAGAGAUGGAUAAACUUCAGAAACACCGAGCUCUGGGCCCGCCCAAACACAAGAAACAGGUAACCGAUCUGUUUGAGGAAAUAAAGCUAUCCCUGGCUGAGUGUGUGUUUUGUCUGGCCUGUCAGCAGCCGCUCAGUAAAAAAGACACCACCCGCCUGAUUGGGCACCUAAGGGAAGACAACUCUGUCACAGCUAGCAAUACGCUAGAACCAGUUCUUCUGUGUCUGCUGUUAGCUCUGCUGUACUGUUUUGAUGUCGGCAUUCUUGACCAUGAAGAUGCAGAAAGCACUGUGGAGAAACUGCCUGUGAUAUCGGACACAUCUUAUAUGACUGAUGUUCAUCGUGUUUUGAUGUCGACGAACCAGCACUGGGUGAUUCCGGGAAUCAAGGCUACAGCGCAGUUUGCCUGGGGAAUCAUGCUCAGACAGCUGUCACAGUACCCAUUAGCUUCAGGCAUUAAUGAGUUGUUUGAGGAUGAUGAGAGUCUGUUGGACAUUGCCAUUGAUAAUGACGUGUUCGCAUUCCUCAAAGAUGCCAUUGUGUCACGACCUGACUUCCACCAAGAUGAGUUUUUCACCAAGCGUAUACAUGGACUGAUCACAGAUUUUAUAUAUCACAUGCCACUCAAGGUGAAGGAGCUCCGUAACCGUGGAGAUGAAAUUGCACGCAUCAUCAUAGCACAUGAGGCGGAAGGGUUAGAAGUUCCCCCUCAAAGACGAGACCUCGAGAACAUGUUUCAGCUGAUUUCUGAUCUGUACAGUAAGGACCCGCUUGGACUAGAGCUCUCGUUAGAAUACUGGUGUCCACCAGAGACUUCCGGGCUCCACGAAUCCAUGUACAACUAUCGUCCUCCACCCAGACAGGUUGCGUUGUACAAGUUUGUUCGUCUGGCCGGUGACCUGCUUCCUCCCCCGCUGUACGUUCCGUACAUCAACAUGAUCACCGGUCUCUCACGCGGCCCACAGUCAGCUCAACACUGUUUCCACCUCCUCAAGAUGAACGGAGUCAACGCAGGUGGAUCAGCGGGUUCCGUGUCAUGGGAUCACAUCUUUGACUCGUUGAACAAGUACUUCUCGACCCUGCGGCGCGAGACCACAAGUGCCAUGGAGACCUCACACAUGUACCGCGCCCCGCCCAUCAAGGGAAUCAAGAUUCCAGAACAAGACGCCAUUGCUGCCGUUCUGCAGCUGACCAAGUGUGUCGCAGAACAGAACGAGAACUGUCGUGAGGCAUUCUGUGAGACUCAGCAGUGGGGCGUGAUAGGGGUGAUAUUCGGUCUUGUCAGCUGUAACAUCCCAACAGUUUUAAAAGCGGAACUCUUUCUCACUCUGUCGGCCCUGGCCAAGACCCCAACCAUAGCGGCCAAUAUCUGGCAGACUCUUGAAGCUACUCAGAUUAUUCCAACUGCAGCCACUUCCGAACUGAGAGGUGGUAUUCAGGUUGAGCUGGAUGAGAUAGAGAGUCGGAAUGAGGAGUACCCGAUGACUAGAGCAUUUCUUCAGCUUCUUGACACUCUGACGGACAUUCCGAUACCGGCGGGACUUGGGGCUGGUUUCCGUGCACCGGGCUUCGAUCCGUACCUUGAUUUCAUAAUUCAGAGCGUCUUCCUCAAAUUCAACUCCAGGGCCUACAGGAAGGCAACAGAAAAGUGGCAGGUUGCAGCUCUGUGUCUGACCAUUCUGUGUAAACUACUGAGAGAACACGAGAUCAGCGAAGAGGAUUUCAGGGAAGAGCUGGUAGAGGUGCAGGGAAGGGGCGUGAUCCCGUCGAGCAAACCCCCCGGUCACACACUCAUGUUGUACAUGCUCAAUGAUAGUACCCUGCUCAAAAUGAUUCUUCAUUUACUUGAUGAUACUGUGAAGCAGUAUGAGCAGUACUCUAGUUCACUUGGCAAGGACUGGCUGGACAAGGCGUCUGAGUUCUGUCUGAAGAUGUUGGAGUGCACGCUGGAGAAGGAGGACCAGUUUGAACGGAUGAUCCGAGACACGGGAACCGGUGUUAUGGUCGCCUCCAUGGACCGACUGCUGCUCAGCAUCAACCCACGAAGCAAGAAGGCUGACCACCUCAUCAACGUGGCCAAGUUCGUUGUGUUCAACACGUUCCUACCUCAACACGCUCUGUCCGCUGUGAGGAUCCUGUACUCCGUGUGUCAGUCCGCUCCUGUCCAAUCAGAACUCGUUGGAUUGUUUAUUGCUGAGGAGACAAUAAGCUCCGACUUACUUCACGGUUUUGUUGAGUGCUUAGAAAAUGAUGAGCCUGAGAUAAGGGUUGAAGAAAAACUUGACCAGAAGAUGGUGGAAUUUGCAACGACAUCCGAGGUGCGCAAUCUGGCGAGACAGCAUAUCAUUCAAUUGUUGCUACAUGCCAUGAAUCAGCCGGCACCAAACCUCGCCCACUGGAUGCUUGGAUUCGAGGUUAGGAAGCCAGUGCACAGAACUAACCUUCAGAAUCCUGGAAUCAUGGGAUCACCGAAAACAUGCCUUCAUUCCAUCCUGACUCUCCUUGACAACGGUAUCGGGACACGCCGCGGACCGGUGUGUCUGACGGAGUCGCCCAGACUAGCGGAACUCUCCUAUCACCUGGUGUACGUACUCGCUGCUAACAAGGACACGUCGGCGCCAUUUCUACGAUUCAUCCGCACCGACUUCCUCUUCAAACAGCUGCAUCACCUGCCGUUCAGGUCACAGGAGGCAGGUGUGUCUCUGAGUAACCAUCAGUCGUGGUUGUUGAAGACGAUUGCGAUCGAGCUGAGGAUCACGGCGUUGAACAGACAGCGAUCUCAGACCCAGCGACUUCUCAAACUGUUGCUCAGUGACACAGACGAGGAACAGACCACAGUGCUGCAGCCAGUGGGAAGUGAAGAGCCUGACAGUAUGUUCUGGGACCGAGACACAUCCAUAUACCAGCCAGGAGCCUCGGUGUACAGUCGACAGAUGUCAACAGCUCGACAGACACGACGUAAACUUCUGUGUUUGCUGGACUCAAUUGGGCUUACAGAGAUGUAUCCACAACCCCUAGAGCUGAAAGUGUUCGACACCAAACUCAUAGAGCAGGUGAUCACCUCGUGUGAACGUCGUACCCAGAACAACAUUGUCUACUGUGACGUGCGACAACUACGACGUAUACUCAUCAACGAACUCAACAAUCAGCAAGGGACCAUGAUGGCUGGACAGAGACCUAUCAUCAUGGAGGAGAUCCAGUUGAUUCUGAGCACGGUGGUCAUCCGCAAUGCGUUCAGAGAGAGUGUGUUCAUGAAGCGACAGGCAUUUGAGUCGUGGCGGCAGGUAACCGAGGUUAUGCUUACAGCGUGUCCUGAGGAUCUGCUCACUGGAGAAACAAGACAGAUGGUCAUCUUCGAGCUGCUACAGGACCUACUGGUCAAGGUGUCUGAUGAAGAUGCGUUACCGGAGUUAACCGCCCCUGUGGCAGGUGUCAUUCUCAUUCUGAUGGGUAACCUGCGGCAGUGUUUCCUCACCGACCCAUUGCCUCGAGCUGGCAUCGAACACAAAUCCAGUUACCAGCCCUUUUUGGACCAGUCGGCAACUCCUGCUGCGGUUACCGAGAUGACGGGGUCCAGAACACUGUUUGCAACUUCGCUGCAGACAGUGCUGAAAGGACUGCUGGGAUAUAUAUUAAAAUCGGGAGGGAGAGCUCAGCGAAGUCGAGCCAACCUGUACGGAGCACUGCUGUAUUAUCUCCAGAUAGCCCAGAAACCAGCGACAUUCACAACAAAAUCAUCUGAUGAAGCGAGCGUAGACCGCGUGUUGGGCGAGAAGGACACGGAGUAUGAACAGCUGUCGAAGGAGAACCUGGCCACCAUCCACUCGUACGGAGACAGCUUCAUGGAAAUCGUGUGUCGGGAUGCAUGCGACGGACACGACAUUGGCAGAAUGCUGGCACUGUCGUUGUUGGACAUGGUGAUCUCGAUCGACUACUUCCAGCAGUGGAUGGCGUUCCUCGGCGCCAAGGGUUACCUCCAGCAUCUUGUUGACAGUCUGCUGCACGACGACACACACCUGCAGAAAAUACUCGAACCAAACCCAGCACAACUGAAAACACUGUACAUCUACCAGUCAAAGAUGAGUCUGUUAACAAGGAUCGGUGAGACGGCCGAAGGGGCACAUCUUCUGUUGCGGUGCAGCAUCAUGCAGAAAUUGUCGUCUUGCGGGUUCUUUGAUCUCCGGCCCGAGAUAGAGAAUCCGGAUGUGUCACAGGGAAUGAUGGAAGAUGAGUUUAUUCCAAGUCCCUUGGCACGCUAUCGCAUCCUGCUCUUCUCCGCUCUCAAACUGUGUCUGGCCAUCCUGACUUCACACGGCAUUGAGAACAAAGAUGUUGCUGCUCAGGUGAUGUUAUUUCUGAUGUCUCACGGAGAGGUUAUAAACGCAAUCCUCCACAGUAGGAAACCAUCGAUGAAUCUAGCGACACUGCGAGAGCUGGCGCUCACUACAGCGGUCAUUGCUAGAGCCAGCUUCCACAAUGAGCUGGGCUUGGAGUACCUGGACAGCGGUACGGCUGUGGUCGAGUUCCAGGGUCAGCGGACUCGAAUCCAGAGACAGAUGUUGUCACUGUUAACGCACUACAGCUUCUCGGACAAGUUCUCCAAACAGCUGCAGAAGCUAGAGGAGAAACAUGCGUCGGAGGAUGCGAAGGCGGAGAUCGCCCUGGCUUACGAGGAGAUUGCGUCUAACAUCGCAGCCUUCUGCAGGUCCCUCUUGACAGAGUCAGGUCCAUGUUCUCAGUACAGUCGGAUUCUGUUUGGUCCGUGUUUGGAAGAAGGCAACAUAAGAGACAUACAGGCUUCUGAAGAGUUGCAGUAUGCGAACUUGGGCGCGAACCAGUCCCCGAACCUGGGCAUCGUGGUGUACCAGUUGAAACAGUGCUGUACUCGCUUUCUGGCCGUGUUCGACAGCCACCGACAACACUCGCAGAAACUGGCCGGGAUCUACGACCUCAGUACCGAGGACUUGAAGGAGCUGGCUGGUCUGGGCAGUACAGAGAAGAUGUCGUCCCAGCAGCGUCAGGAGAUCGCCAGGAAACGCCUACAGAAGAUUGUGUCCUACAAGGCCAAGGAACUCCAGCAUUACGCAUAUAUCAUUGAGAACUGCCUGUUUAUACUGUGGCGCCACCUGGAGUACUACCUGGUUCACUGUGUGCCCGUCGACCAGCAGCCCCAUGUCUACCAGACGCACAUCCGCAGACAACACAACCAGAUACGCAGGUUACAAGAAAUGACCGGUAUGAACAGCCCGGUACCCGUGGAACACGAGAGUAUGAUCCAGCCUCAGUUUGAAGAAUUGUCGCGCGGAAUUACUCGCGACGAGAUGGACCAGCUAAAAAACACAGCACCGGCGGUCAUCAACGAAUCACUGUUCAAGAAAAUACAAGACAUCAGUCAGUGCUACAGUAAGAAGCGAUCUCAUUAUUGUUUCACCGAGGCGGUUGUUCGCAGAAUUAAACGACUGUUGAGACUGCACACAGGCAGCUGAAGACAUUCUGUUUGAAUUUUGUUCUCAUUCAUGUUGAAAUCAAAUAACAGACUGCUUAUAAAGCUCACCAAAUGGGUUCAGUGUGAUUAAAAUCUUCAUACUAAUGAUUCGUGUCUAAAACAUCUUUGUGAAUGACUCAUAAUGAAAAUGUUCAUUUAUAUAAUUCAUGAUCAUGUUAUAUGAAUGAUUUGUGAAUAGAAACUUUGUGUGAAUACUUCUUGAAUAAAAAUCCUUUGGUGAAUUAUUCAUGUGUAUAACAUCCUCAUGUAUUCACAUUAAAAUUGUUUAUUUGAUGCAUCAAAUAAAUACUUGUCUAAACAUAUGCUAAUAAUCAUGUUGUUUAAUAAUUUAAAUGAAUAUAUUAAAUCUGUUCAUGGGUAUCCAGUAUGCUUAUUAAGUUAAUGACAAAUAUUCAAUAAAAGAGAAAUAACAAUUUACUGUGGAUUUCUGUGGAUUUGGUCUUUUCUCAGAAUCAAAGAUAAUUUAUUAUAAUAAUAUGUUAAUACUAGAUGCUAUAGUACUCUGUUUUGGAGCCUGAUUAAAACUUACAAGAUAGCUAAGAAUGCUUAAAUGUGAUUAAUAACAUGAUGUAUAAAAGUAAUGAGAAAAGCAUUUUGAGUGGCUGACUGAUGACCUUGAACUUUUAUUUUCAUUUAUUCCAGGGAAAACAUGGAAGUUUGCUUUAAAACAAUAUAUAGCAUUAAUCAGUAAUAACAGUGUACUUGUAUUUUACAAACACGUCAAGUUUCACAGCUAGUUUUUUUCUCCAUUAUCAACUCUGUGUGAAUGUUUCAAAUAAAAUAUGCUGAUGACUGUUCAUAACUGACAUGAAUAUAUUCAAUUUGUUUUCAGUCAUCAACAUUAUUUUAAUCAAAACAAAACUGAUAUUCCUAAGAAUGUUGUGAUUGAAAAAGCCUAUAAUAUUGUUGUAAUGUUCACACACAACUCAGUUUAUUAAAUAAUGUACAUUUUGGUACUGGUAGAGCAGUUUCUGAAUGACCACAAUCAAGUGGGGUGGGGUGUGUGGUUUGAUGAGGUUUUUUGGGGGGAAGGGUUGACACUGAUUCUUUAAAUAUAGAUCACCUGCAUCAUGAAAUUAAAUAAUUGACAACCACCCAUAAAAUAUAUUUAAUACCCACCAUUAAGAAUGCUGGCAAUAAGAAAGCAUAUGAAUAUUUUAGACAGCUCAGUUGGUCCAGACUACAUGAAAUUAGGAUCAAUAUUCCAAGUUUUUCAAACAUCUGAAUAUAAUAUGAUCUGAGCAAAAAAAAAAAACAUACCCCAAAAAACUGCGAUGCUUUGUGUAAUACUUAGGAAUAUAACAUCUUCGCUCAUCUUCAAUCAGGAGUGAUGUUUAUUGUUCCAUGCUGUAACUUGGUGCAAUAAAAGAUUUGAAACGACA